GGGGGCGGGGAGGGGCCGGCCCGAGGCGCUUUUGGUUCCGCUUUGCCCGGCCCCGAGGGGGGUGGCUCGGCUGCCGCUGCCGCAGGCCCGGAGGAGCCGCCGCCGGGGAAUAUCACUACUUGCCUCCAUCUGAUAAAUAUAAGUGCUUUCGGAGUUUGCUGAGACUCUGACGCUGAGCUCUCAGCAGCGGUGGUCUCUGAGGUCUGGAGCCUAAAGGAGAGGUCUGGAUGUGUCCAUGGGUGUUGCGUCCCAGAUCCCCAAGUGCGUUUCAAGCAAGAAUCAAGAGUGGUUCUUUACAUCCAGCUUCUCAACCUUCUGGAUCUAGUGGAAAAAUUCUCUUUCAACUAUGGGCCAAAUGUUCUCCCAGUUUUGGAAGGUCUCUGACCAGAAGGAGAGGGGAGGGAAAUCGAUUCUGCGCAGGAAAUCGGCUGGUGAGGAUGAAGUCACUAAUUAUGGCACUAUCAAUGGAGGAGACUCUGCCGCAUCCUGCAUGCCCUGUGUGGGCACUGUGAGUCGGGGCUGCAUCAACUGCCCAACGUGCCAGGGAACAGGAAGGAUCCCCAGGGAGCAGGAGAAGCAGUUGGUGGCUCUGAUUCCAUACGGUGACCAGAGGCUGAAGCCCAGACGAACGAAACUCUAUGUAUCCCUUGCUGUGACGAUUUGCCUGCUGAUGUCAUCUCUCAUCAUAUUCUUCCUGUUCCCUCGCUCCAUUGUGGUGCAGCCCGCAGGGCUGAAUGCCUCCUCUAUUGCCUUUAAUUCCACCGUUUCCAGUAUCAAUCUCAACAUGACAAACGUGUUGAAUGUAACCAACAACAACUUCUACCCAGUCACUGUCACCCAACUGGACAUUGAGGUCUUACACCUGUCUGUGGUGAUAGGGAAAACCACCAAGAGGAACCUGCUGAAUAUUGGCCCUUUGUGCAGCGGCCAGAUAUAUUAUUCAGUCUCCAGUAUUAUACGGGACUAUAAUACCUACAACAUCUGCACCUGGAUCAAAAUCAAAGUCCACAAUGUUCUACUGCACAUACAGGGCACCUUGACCUGCUCGUACCUGUGCCACUCAGAGCAGCUGGCUUUUGAGAGAUACCAGUAUGUGGAUUGUAGAGGAAAUGCGACGCUGCCUCACCCACUGUACCACCGCCCACCAUGAUGGGAUCACUGGAUGAUGACAUUCUUCUGUCGCAAAGGCAAGUUGUACCAGGGACACAGCAACUCCAGGGGAUUCUCUUCCAAGCCACGUAAUUUUAAACAGGACAUUUGGCUCUCCCUUGGGAGGAGACUUUCAGUCUGCUGCUGUUUCCUGGUUACAGACUGAUAGAAUUUCAUGAACUUGGAACAUGCUGCUCUGAGUUUGCAAUUCUCAUUUGUAUCCUGUAUGGGGGUUGGCGGCAGCAGAUUGUGCACACUGUGUAGGGAAAUAGCUGUAUUAACUGAUUAAGAGAACUCUGCUAGAUUGUUAGCUGCC